GAGGGGGUAAUUCUUAUAUAUAUAUGCUCGAAGCUUGGCUGCUGUAUAUGUAAACGGAGAAAUUGCGGUUCGAACGUUCGACACAUCGCACUUGUUCAUUGUUCUUUGAAGAGAAAAAUUCAAUUUUUGAUAUUUAAGAUUAUCGAUUUUAAAAAUCGCAAUGUGGAAAAUAUUAUCGAUAUUGGCGAUGGCUAGCUUUUCUAUAGCUGCGCCUCAAAACAAUUUGGAUUCCUUAAUAACAAAUAUAUUUGGAACUCCUCAAGAUCAGCAGACUUCGAAUCCUAGUUCUACUACAUCGACGACAAUUUUAGGCACAGAGAAUAGGCCAAAGCAACCAGAAAUGGAUUGUGAAUGUGUACCAUAUUAUCUGUGUCACAAUGGUUCUAUCUUGCAGAAUGGAACAGGAAUUAUUGAUAUCAGGUUCGGUUUCGAUGAUGAAAGAGUCAAUAAACAUCGCGUAUUGCGGGCGCUCGGUCAAUGCGAGAAUUACUUGGAUGUCUGUUGUAAACCACCAGAUAGAAUAGAAAAAGUUACACCUCCACCAAUUGAGAAGAAAGGUACUUGUGGACAAAGACAUCCUGAGGGUGUUGGUUUUAGAAUAACUGGCGAUGUGAAUGGCGAAGCGCAAUUCGGCGAAUUUCCGUGGAUGGUGGCUAUAAUAAAAGAAGAAAAUAUCGGUGAUCAAAAAUUGAACGUCUAUCAAUGCGGAGGUUCCUUAAUUCACAAACAAGCUGUUUUAACAGCUGCUCAUUGUGUACAAGGAAAAAAACCGUCUGAAUUGAGAAUUCGUGCUGGAGAAUGGGAUACGCAAACUAAGAAUGAGAUUUUUCCUCAUCAGGAUCGUAAUGUGCAAAAUGUAAUCGUUCACGAAAAGUUUGCUGGCGGCACUCUUUAUAAUGAUUUUGCUAUUUUGAUAUUAUCCGAGCCUUUGAAUCUAAUGGAGAACGUGGAUCUUGUUUGUCUACCGGAACCAAAUACUGUAUUCGAUGGUUCUCGAUGUUUCGCUAGUGGUUGGGGAAAAGAUAAAUUUGGUAAGGAAGGACAUUACCAGGUAAUUUUAAAAAAAAUUAAUUUACCAAUAGUACCACACAAUCAAUGUCAAGAUUUACUUCGAGAAACUAGAUUAGGAAAAUAUUUUAUUCUUGAUAAUAGUUUUAUUUGCGCUGGUGGAGAGUCUGAUAAAGAUACUUGUAAGGGUGAUGGAGGAAGUCCUCUUGUUUGUCCAAGUAAUAAUAACCCUAAUAUAUACUUACAAGCAGGUAUUGUAGCAUGGGGAAUUGGUUGUGGUGAAGGUGGAAUUCCAGGGGUUUAUGCUAAUGUUGCAUCUGUUCGUGAUUGGAUCGAUGAACAAAUGGCUUUUUAUAAUUUGGACAACACUGUAUAUCAGGCUCAAAAAAUAAACUGAUUGGUUUCUCAAAAUUUUAUAAAUUUGUGUGCAUAGAAAUCGAUGUUUUUCUGUGGAAAGACUGCUGUAUUCUUCGCAUGCUAUUUUUAAAAUAAUAAUGUAUGUGAAACUAGGUAUAUGUA